AAGCAACUUUCCUGCUCUCCCAUACACCUCCAAAUACCAACGAAUUCACAUAUUCUAUGGCCGCACCUGAUUCACAAUAGGAUAUCCGCGCUUGCCUUUUACUCUACUCCAUCCAUCGCAACUCACAAACUGAAAUGUCGACACGCCGCAAACCAACCUCUUCCUCCGCAGCCAACGGCCAGCCUACACCUCUGACCUCUGGCAUGCCAUCCUCCACAAUCCGCACCUCCUCUAACACGCGCUCGCCCUUCUUCCCUACCCGCCUCGAGGCUCUGCUCCUCGCCAUCUACCCCGCGACCCUGCUCCUCGGCUCCGUGUUCAGCACGCUCUCCCCCGCGACGCGCAGCGCACCAUACUCCGCGGCCUCUCAGUCGCACCCGCCCGAAUUCGCGCCCUCGUACUUUGCGCAUAAGAAGAACGUCUUCAAUGUCUACUUCGUCAAGCUCGGCUGGUUCUGGACGACAGCAGCAUUCGCUACGUUGCUGGUGGUGUGGCCGGGAUUUGGGGCGGGCUUGACGGUGAAGAGGAUACGCGCAGGGUUUCGGUAUGCAGCGAUUACGCUCUGGUGGAUGUUUGUCACGCAGUGGUUCUUCGGUCCGCCGCUGAUCGAUCGCGGGUUCCGCUUCACGGGCGGGCAGUGCGAGUUGCUCCGUGAUCCGGAGGCGCGACAAGGCAUGAGUGACACGAGAGAAUACUUUACCGCUGCGACUUGCAAAGCAGUGGGCGGUCAAUGGAAAGGCGGACACGACAUCUCAGGCCACGUCUUCCUCCUCAUACUCGGCUCGGCGCUCCUAUGGUUCGAGUUCCUCCCGGCCGUAACACGGAUGGAGGGUCUGCGCGACGGACGGAGAAUCAUGCUGGAAGACGGCAAGGUAGCCAGCGUAGCGGUGGAAAAGGAUCCGGAGCAUGAGAAGGAGGAGCCGACGACAAGAGGAGUUAAGUUCUCCCUGGGGGUGGCGGCGCUAAUGUGGUGGAUGCUGCUGAUGACGGCUGCGUAUUUCCAUACGUGGUUCGAGAAGUUUACGGGGCUUCUGGUGGCGUUUUCGGGGCUGUGGGUAGUGUACUUUCUGCCGAGAGGCGUGCCGCAGGUGAGGGCUGUUCUAGGGAUGCCCGGUGUGUAGGGCAGGAAAGAGGGAAGGGAUGAUGCGUAGGUGUCCGGUAUUCAUGAUAUGGAUGAUGGUAAUGCAUUAGAAAACUCCCUGCUUAAUUGCUUAAUGUUCCAUCUUUUCCUCACGUCUCCAUGCUCCGUUUUCCCGUGGCUACUUCGCAUUUAAUUUGUCUAACGGCUCCGUAACAUCUUCUUCCACCCGGUAGCGAACAUCAGUCCGUCCCAUUCAGCAGUCUUCUC